AUGAGGCCUGUUCAACAUAGAGUGCACUGCAGGCAGAGCAUCAGAAGGAGAGCAUCAGAAGGAGAGCAUCAGAAGGAGAGCAUCAGAAGCAGAGCAUCAGAAGGAGAGCAUCAGAAGGAGAGCACCAGAAGGAGAGCAUCGGAAGGAGAGCAUCAGAAGGAGAGCAUCAGAAGCAGAGCAUCAGAAGCAGAGCAUCAGAAGGAGAGCAUCAGGAGAGCAUCAGAAGGAGAGCAUCAGAAGGAGAGCAUCAGAAGGAGAGCAUCAGAAGGAGAGCACCAGAAGGAGAGCAUCAGAAGGAGAGCACCAGAAGGAGAACACCAGAAGGAGAGCAUCAGAAGGAGAGCAUCGGAAGGAGAGCAUCAGAAGGAGAGCAUCAGAAGCAGAGCAUCAGAAGGAGAGCAUCAGAAGGAGAGCAUCAGAAGGAGAGCACCAGAAGGAGAGCAUCAGAAGGAGAGCAUCAGAAGGAGAGCAUCGGAAGGAGAGCAUCAGAAGGAGAGCAUCAGAAGCAGAGCAUCAGAAGCAGAGCAUCAGAAGCAGAGCAUCAGAAGGAGAGCAUCAGAAGGAGAGCAUCAGAAGGAGAGCACCAGAAGGAGAGCAUCAGAAGGAGAGCAUCAGGAGAGCAUCAGAAGGAGAGCAUCAGAAGGAGAGCAUCAGAAGGAGAGCAUCAGAAGGAGUGCAUCAGAAGGAGAGCAUCAGAAGGAGAGCAUCAGAAGGAGAGCAUCAGAAGGAGAGCAUCAGAAGGAGAGCACUGGACGGAGAGCACUGGACGGAGGGCUCUGCACAGAUAGCACUGCACACAGAGCAGCUGAUUAA